GUUUGUCCCAUGACGAUUUUGGAAUAGCCAAUUCUUCAUUUGGCUCAAGAGCCAAGGCACUCAUCGUCCUUUUUUGUUUGCUCUGCACUUCACAUAAUUCUCUUUUUUCGAAUUUCUCACAUCUUUUAUUUUCUUAAUUAAAAUUUCUUUUACCAAAACAUAAAUUUUGGUUAUAGGAAUUUGAAAGUUUAAACGUUAAUUCUUUUGUUCUUCUUCCUUCCUCUUUAAGCCUUUUUUCCAAAAACUUCUAAUUAUUUGUUGGGAAAAUGGCAAUUGGUGUAUUCUGUGGUGUGGUUCCUUUUAUAUUCCGCAGGAAGCCUUCUGAGUUUAAGGAAGAAGACACACGUAAGACAAGGAGAUUACAUACUAGAGUAAUAAAGAAAUUACCUUCUAUAUUAGUAUCAAAAAAAUAUAAAGCAGCCAAAGGUUCCAAAGUACGCAAUUCAUGUGGGGUGAAAACACCAAAAGCUGCAACUUUGCACAAUUCAAGUGUGGCAAAAACAACAAAAAGUCCAACUUUUCAUAAUUCAUGUGGAGUAGCCAGCAACUUCAGAAUAAUGACAGAUAUAAGAAACAAGAUCCUCUCCUUAAGAGACUUGCUUGAUCUUUCUCCUUGUGAUGGCUCUGAAUCUGCAAAUGAGCUGCUGAUAUCAACUCUGAUUGAUCUACAUAAACUGUAUCCUUCGAUCAACCCGGAUUUUUCAUUGGCAAAAAUUGAUGGAGCAGCAAUACAUGAGAAAGUGCGAUGCUUUUGUGAUAUAUUGAAAUCAAUCGGGCAAAUGUGGACUGGAAAUGAUGAGUGGAUGAUCAAAUGCAAAGAGAACUCAUGCAGUAAACUAAAUGAUUUUGAAUAUGUAUCGGCAUUGCUCGAAGACAUUAUUAAGCUAGCUAGUGAAAGGAUGAUAGAAAUGACGGAUGAGGAUGAGGAUGACGAUGAGGACGAGUACGAGGAUAUUGAGGAUGAUCAGACCAGAGAUAGAAGUCCUUCACCUGAUGCAUUUGAGGAGGAUAUUGAGGAUGAUCAGACCAGAGAAAGAAGUCCUUCCCCUGAUAUAUUUGAAAAGGAUUUUUCCGAGUGUUAUUCAAGCAACAAUUCUUCUCUUUCGAGCUCUCCAACUUCAAUCCUCCCUGAGAUAAUAACCAAUGCUUCAAAGAAGAAUGCAAAGGCUUCUAUCGCCGCCCCUCUUCGCCUAUCACUCAAGGUUCAAGCAGUUGGAAAGAAGAAUCCAAUUGAGGUAAAGCACCUGUCGUUCCACAUGUUUCCCAAUGUAAAUCAAGAUUCAAAUAUAGAAGCAAAGCAAGAUUUUGAAUAUAGUCAAGAUUGUGAAAUAGUGGACUUGCCAGAGAUUCUACUGACUAACCUGGAGAAUUUAUCAGAAAAUAGUGGAAUAUAUUGGACUGGUGCAUCAAAUGGUCAACCAGUGCAAGCUCGUGUUACAUUUGAUGUGUUUUUACCUCCAUCUUCAAUUUCUAAGUUGCAAUCAAAUGUAGCAGAACAGGCAGCAGUGCCACCUUCUCCAUACAUUUUAUCACCAAAACUUAUAGAAUCACAGGGACCAACAACACCUGCACCCGAUUCCACGCUCUCACCAGAGAGCGAGGAAUUAAAACCAUCGUCACAAGCAGCCCAACCUACUACAUCAGGAAACAGCGUCACAUUAGGAAACAGCGUAACACCUCCACCUCCGCCUCCUCCCACUACAUCAAAAAAUAGAGCAGUGCCUCCCCCUCCGUCGCCGCCUCCCAGGAAAUCAGAAAUAGUACAUUCAUUUCCACCUCCACUUUCACCUCACAAAGGAUUAAGGGGUAUGGUAACCUCACAUCCACUUCCACCAAGGGAAUCAAAUGGAGCAACACCAGCGCCAGCACCACCUUCGCCGAAGCCAAUUGGAAAGGUAGCUGUACCACCACCACCACCAAUGCCAAUGGGAAAGAGAGCUACACCUCCACCAUCACCACCUCCACCUAUGCCAAUGAAAAAGGGAGGUGCACCACCACCACCACCGCCAGUGUUUGCAGGUGCAAAAAAUCUACGACUUAAGAAAGCAGCUACUAAACUGAAAAGAUCAUCCCAAAUGGGAAAUCUUUAUCGAUCUCUUAAAGGAAAAGUUGAAGGAUCUAGUUUAGAUGGUAAAUCAAAAGGGGGAAAGGGAAAAUUUAGUGCCGCCUCAAAAGGAGGUAAACCAGGAAUGGCUGAUGCAUUAGCUGAGAUGACAAGGAGGUCAGCAUAUUUCCAACAAAUUGAAGAGGAUGUUAAAAAUCAUGCUAAAACAGUCAUGGAGAUGAAGAAGGCCAUUGCUUCUUUCCAUACAUCAGAUAUGUCUGAGCUCAUUAGAUUCCACAAUUAUGUGGAAUUCCACCUUGAGAAACUAACAGACGAAUCUCAGGUGCUAGCAAGAUUUGAAGAUUUUCCUUUUAAGAAGUUGGAAGCGUUGAGGACGGCAGCAACUCUCUAUUCCAAGUUAGAUUCAAUAGUCUGUACUUUACAGAGUUGGCAACCGGCCUCGCCUGUUAGCCAACAUCUUGCUAGAGCUGAGAGGUACUUCAACAAGAUAAAAGGAGACGUGGACUCUCUGGAAAGGACAAAAGAUGAAGAAUCCAAGAAACUAAAAACCCAUAAAAUCCAUUUUGAUUUCAGCAUACUAGUGCGCAUCAAAGAAUUGAUGGUCGAUGUUUCCUCAAACUGUAUGGAACUGGCAAUAAAGGAAAAGAGAGAAGCAAUGGCAAGGGAAAAAGAUGGAGCUGCACAAAUAAAUGAAGGGUGCAAAAAGGAAUCAGCUCAACUGCUUUGGAAGGCCUUUCAGUUUGCAUUUAGAGUCUAUACUUUUGCUGGUGGGCAUGAUGAGAGAGCAGAAAAGUUGACAAAAGAAUUGGCUGAAGAAAUCGAGACAGGCCUUCAUCGUUAGAUAAUUAGCUUCUGCCCCUUUUUUCCAAACCAAAAAGGAAACAAAAGAAAGUCACUAUAGGCUGCAAUAUAUUGGCAUUGUUGAUGCUAUUCUUGGCAAGGGCCUUGUAAAUGCUUCAUUGAGCUGUGAUUUUCAUGCUUAUAUAUAUACUAGGAGAGAAUUGCUAGACAUGAUAAUCAUUAUUUGUUUAGACUUAAGGGAGAAUUGAGCUAAAAUCUAGCUUUGCCCUACCAUUUGUUGAUACAUACAAUAUAUAUCACACCUUAGUGACUGGUUUUGUA